AUGGAUACUGAGGAGUCUGAAGUCAGAGGACUUAGAUUCAGGGUUUUAGAGAGCAAGGCUAAAGGCCUGACUGAGGCCAUGCGUAGAAUGUGUUCUAGCAUGACCAUGGAAGAUGCUGAACAAGCUGAACGGGAAAUUGGUGACCCAGGGAGUUUGGCAUUCAAGGAGACGGCUUAUGGAUAUCUGUUUGCUAUGAAUAGAGACAAACCACAUAUACUAGAGGUUGUUGUGGACUCCUGGCCUGAUUUUAAAACCAUCAUUUGUCGACCGCACCCACAGAGUGAACACACCCUGCUUCAUAAUGAGGGACUGACUUUCUUCAGUACUGAUGAGAAGGUUCUUAAGAGAAUGUUGACAGAAGACAGCUUAGAUUGGAAAGAAUACUUCAAAAUUCGAGGGAUUGACAUCCUUCAUACCACCAUGUUGAAGGACAUCUCUGCCACAAAAGAUGUCACAAUGAGACCGUGUGGUGUAACUCACCUCCUGGAAUUACAAGACCCAAAUCACCUUCCUCACCUGACAGUGAGCAGAGAUGUGGAGGCCAGGAUCUCCUCCCUGAAUGAAUUCCAUGUCGGUUUGGUGAAUGAAACCUGGAAACGUGGAGGUGAUGAAAAUGGUUUCCAAGUAAUCAAACAUCUGAUAAGCCACUUCCCUACAUGUUGCAUCACUGAUGAAGAAGGCCGUCCAGUUUCCUGGGUGCUGCUGUAUGAUUACUGUGCCAUGGGGAUGCUAUACACCCUGCCAGAGCACAGGGGGAAGGGCUAUGCCAAGAUCCUGGUGAGCACCAUGGCAGCAAGGCUCCAUGCCCAGGGUUGCCCUGUGUACUGCUACAUCGAGGAGGAGAACCAGGUCUCCUACAGGCUUUUUAAGAAACUGGGCUUUACUGAGCACCCCUCCUACAGGGCCACCUGGUUUGAGUUCAACUACUAA